CUCGCGUUCCUCCGCUCCGCCGCCUUCACCCCUCUUUCCUCUUCCUUAUUCAACCAAAAAUUACACAGAAUUCGAAGAGAGCGUUAAAAAAUCUCAGCAAAUUUUUGCAGGGAAAAAAAAUGGUGAGCAAGAAUCAGAGAUUAGCCCGAAAGCGAUUCAAAGAAGAAAACCCUAACCUGUUCCCGACCCCCGAGCCCUCGAACGAAAACCCUACGUCGAAGAAGAAGAAGAAUAGCAAGAGGAAGGCCAAAACCCUAAACCCCAAAUCGGAUGCCAAGAGGAGGCGAAGCGGGUCCAAGCACCCGUUAAGAGUCCCGGGCAUGAGACCCGGAGAGAGCUGCUUCAUCUGCAAGUCCAAAGAUCACAUCGCCAAGCUCUGCCCUGAGAAAUCUCAGUGGGAGAAGAACAAGAUUUGCUUGUUGUGUCGACAUCGAGGGCAUAGUCUCAAGAAUUGUCCACAGAAGAGCGAGAAGACGGAGAGGAAGUUUUGUUAUAAUUGUGGGGAUGCUGGACAUGCUCUUUCUAAGUGCCCUCUACCCCUUAAAGAUGGUGGUACAAAGUUCGCUAAUUGUUUCAUCUGUAAUGAGCGUGGACACCUUAGCAAAAACUGUCCAAAAAAUACACACGGAAUUUAUCCAAAGGGUGGUUGUUGUAAAGUAUGCGGUGGAGUGACGCAUUUGGCGAAGGACUGUCCAAACAAAGGAACCAGGAAUUCUCUCUCUUCUAUGGGAGCAAAUGGAUCUCGCAACCUCGAGGAAAGUGCUCAAGGGAAGCGGACCAUCUUCCACAGUGGAGAUGAUCUCGAGGAUGAUUUUAUGGUAGAAGAUGAUAAGACUAGCAAACAUGUUGUUGCCCACUCAGAGACGGGGCUUGUCACUGUUGAAGGUGAAGUUAAAAAGGAUAUUCAUGUAAAACUUAAGAAAAAGCAGGGCCCCAAAGUGGUUAACUUUUUUGGUUGAUCGCAUUAUUUUGUUCACGGCAUCUCCGAGUAUAACAAAAGAUUUGGAUUAGGAUGGUUGCGGCAAUCAGCUAACUUCACCAUAUCGGUUGCGUUCCAAAGCGAUUACGAAAACUGAAGAAGAGCUACUUGGAUCAAGUAGUUCAGCUGAUACUGAGAUUUUGUAGAUCAAGAGUUUUGAAAUCAUGUUUUUUGACUUUUGUUAGAAGAAAACUUGUGUAUUUUUUGAGUUAAAGGGAAGGUUCAAAGGGAUGGUAAUUGUGUUGUACUCUGAUAUGUGUUUGAGUAACGCUUGUUUUGUUAAUGAGUUCAUGAAUUAGCACGAAAUGUGUGAAGUAUUUAUUAGUGUUACCGAGCUCAAAGAUUUUGGAUCAACUGUAGAACGCUCUUGAUGUUAUGAUUUUAUGAUUGAAGUCCACAAUUUUGUUCA